AUGGGACAAAUUGUAGGAGAGCUAAAAAACAGACCCCAAGGGACAUUGCCUAGCUCAACCGAGCUUCCACGUAAUCCAGGUAAUAUAGGGAAAGAACACUACCAAGAAAUCAACUUAAGUAGUGGAAAGGUGGCGAUAAAAGUCAGAAAGGAGCCUCACAAGACCGAAUCAAAGGAGCAACCUACAAUUGAAUCAAAGAAACCUCUAGUGCAGACUGAAUCAAAGGAGUCCGAAACUAGGGAACCAGAAGAUUCGAUCACCGCUAAGCCUCCAGACCAUGAAACAUUGAAAGUACAGCUACCUUCAUUUCCUCAAAGACGGAAAAAGAAACAUAACGAUGAAGAAGCGAUAGAGCAGAUGCUGAUGUAUGCAAAAAUUUUUAAGGACAUUGUCUGGAAGAAGAGAAGCACGGGAAGAUUCACCAUGAUGGCAUUAACACAAGAAUCCAACAUUAUAAUCCCACAAAAAAUGCGUGACCCAAGCAGUUUCACAAUAACUUGCUCAAUAGGAGGAAUCUAUAUUGGUCAAGCAUUAUGCAAUCUUGGGGCAAGCAUCAACUUAAUGCCCCUUUCAAUCUUCAAAAGAUUGAAUGUGGGACAGCUAACACCCAUAAUGGUGACUCUUCAACUCACAGAUAGAUCUUUGGUGCACCCUGAAGGGAAAUUAAAAGAUGUCUUGGUAACAAUAGACAGAUUCAUUCUACCUGCAGACUUCAUUAUCUUAGAUUAUGAGGCUAAUAAAGAUGUUGUACCCUAG